CCAGAAUCUCGAGCCCAUGGCAGAUCAACCUUUACUGUCUCAGCACACCGCUUCCGAACCCAUCGCUAACUUGACGGGAGAUUUGCCCAGCGGAAGGCAAUUGCGCAAAUCUUGCCGGUUUUGUAGGUCUAGGAAAAUACGCUGCACCGGAGAGACAGAUAUUGGUUGUUUAGCUUGUCGAAACCGCAACCAGAAGUGUGUAUACGAGCCAACCGCUGCUAUGGGUCGGCCUCGGAAGUACCCUAGGACAGAGUAUUGCGAAGAUCCAAACGCGCCCCUGCCGAUGAAUCUGAACUCCCAUCCAUCUUCGCAUUUCUUUGAAGGAGGGUGGAAUCACUCGACGUUGUUCAUGAGAACUCUUCAGCCUCAUGAAUACGAGCAAGGGCCAUCCGGAAGUUUCGACUCAGCCGUGUGGAGGCCAUUGGACGAAGAGAACAGAAGCGCCCCUUUCCAUUUCAAUCCCUCGGUAAACAUGUUACGAAACCGGCCAUUCAUGCCUACCUUGGGUGGACUGCCUAUACCGCUGAAUCACCAAAAAAUACUUUCGAACCAAAUUCCCCGUGGGAACGAUGGCACCUUUUUAAACCGAAUUCUUUGUUCCCCCAGUCCGGCAGCUUCACUUGGGAACUCGAUUAAUUUUCACCAUGCUUCGACUAAUCCAACCGAGUUUCCGUGUGAUGAAGCGAGAUUCCAGCAUUCAGCCUGCUCAUCCCGAAGAAUUUCAUUUGAACAGAACCAAAUGGCCUACAAUUCCAUGGAUCCAGCCGGAGCGCGAUCCCCGCCUUUAGUACUAUCCCAUGGGCCGAACGCGUUGGUGAACACCCAUCAAAUCAUUUCUACCUGUGACGCCGGGCAAAUAUUUCAACACUUUAAAGGGACCACCCUUCAUGUCACUACGCAAGCUCAUUUAGAAUUCAUCCUCAGAGAGUAUCCUAACCGCUACGCUCCAGCCCCUCCUCAUAAACAUCCGAGUGUAUUAGAACCCAAGCUUUAUCAUACGAUGUUGGCGGAUGUGAUUUCUUGGAUUGUAUGUGCACAAGCAUCCGUGUCCGAUCGACAGGACAGCUCUUUUAGUACUCAGGAGCCCUUGUUUCUUCAAAUGCUCGAGUACGAUCGCGGUGAAAACAGUCACCAGGACUUGUCAAUAAUCGGGGCUGAAGGGGGACUCAACCCUCUGAUACAGUUGUCCUAUCAAGAAUUGAAUUCGAUCUACUCGCAAUGGCUUCGUGCAAAUCCGUUUGCCUUUCUUUUCAACGAUGCAGCUCCCAGCCAACACUGCAUUCAUCUCACGGAGAAUAGCGCCUUUUUAGCCACGGUGGUUGGCUGGCAUUUCUACUUGAGCUCGCGCAGCCGCAACUACGGGUCUCCUCAAACAUCUGAUAAUUAUCCCCAUAUGUCACCUCGGUGCCAUAUGCCAUUUUUCGAGUACGCCGAAGCGCAGUUGAUGGGAAGGGCAAUGUGUGUCAACAGGUCGACUCUAUCGAUAGUUCAAGGUUUAAUCUUGCUGGGAGCUUUCCGCUCAGUUGAUUCUCAGCCCAGAUGUGGUUGGGCAUUACUAAGUGUUGCGCAUUUACUCUCGAAGGAGUAUUUGUCGCCAGCAAAGCGUCUCAAACGUCCAAGAAAUCUAAACGGAGAGCUUGAUGUGGAAGAAAACAAAAUACUAGGCAUAAACUGGCUUAUGUGGAAAGUCUAUGCCAUGAUAGACGGAUCGCCUUCAUACUUGGAGGCAUUUUUGAACCACGCCCGCGUCAACGACAGCACCACUCAGACUGAAUGGGCGAACCGCUCGCUGCUCAAUUCCAGUCAAAUUUUGGAGGUGUUCUGCACUUUGUGUCAAGAAGAUCCAUCAAAUUCACUUGUCCCGGAUCCCACGGCGAAGCCGUCCAGCAGUGAUUUGCUCUACGAAAAUAAGGUCUAUCUGAUUCGAUGGUUGAUGGACACAGCCAAGAUGAGGUGCCAGGUCAUGGGAUCAUACGAUUCGCCGCCUAGUAACCCCGGCCGAUGGACCUCUUCCAAUCGUCACGACGUCCGCAAUGCCCAUGCCAACAUCGUCCUCGCGGUUGUUUUCAGUAUCUUUGCUUUAAGCCGGCUGGUACCUUUGGAAGAAAUGACUCUAACAACCUUCACAAGAAUUCCACUCCCAAUCUUCCGCGACGUCCUCAAGUUGCUCCAAAUAAUCUCUGUCGAGGGUGCGGAUUCGAUUGUAGCUAACACUGCUUCCCUCGAUCAGUCAAAGUUUGUGAAUGCCUCUACGGCGGAUUCAAAUCACAUCACGAACCAAUUAAUCGAUGUUGUUGAGUCGCUGGGGAGAUUUGCGUCAGCUGGUUUGAGUUUGUAUCCAAUCGACGAUUUUCAAAUAAUGGAAGACAUCAGGAUAAAAAUGGUUUCUCUAUCGGUCAGCGUGAGCUCUCAAACGAAUUCAAGUCAAGAGUCAUCAGGAGCCUUUCAACCCCCUGCCUCCGUAUCCUUUCUCGAACCGGCUCAGGGCUUUGUGAAGCUUCAACCGAGAGAUCCCAUUGGCCCCGAACCUUUCGGAAACAGAGACCACCCUGUGAUAACACAAAGACCGUCUAUCCCCAUCAAUUAUUACCCCUCAGAAUCCGACAACAUGAUUGAUCGUGACUCGACCCCUACGAAAGGUGCCUCUGUUAAGGCUUUCUUCCCAUCCAAUAAUUGCGCGCAACCACCUUACCAAAUGACUUCAAAUGAUGUAGGAGGUGUCUUAUCAUCUCCCCCACUCUCAGACCCUCCUUCUUCAACAUCAUAUCCUUUUCAAUCCAACCACGAUCCCGAAACGAAAUCCGAGAAUCUACUUAUUCCCUCUCAGGGAACUGGACUGUUGCUUUCUCUUUCGGACUCUCAGGGUUUGAUUGAACCAAGCGAAAUGAGCGCCACCGACUUGAACCCCGGAGUGUUUACAUGUCCCAGGGGAGCAGAUCAAUACUUUUGCACGUUGGAUUCGGAUUCUUCUUGGGUAAAUCAGCCACCCCUUCAUCAAAUUGAUUUGGACUCCCACUCGCAACCUCAAGCUUUGGAUUCUUUCCCAAGAACCAGAACACCCAAUCAGCUGUCACCUCCAGCAGGCAGUCCACCGAGCUAUCGACUGCAUUCACCUUGCUUAGACUAUUUCCCUAACCAGUCGGAGCUUCGCGAAGGUUCCAUGGCAAGUUUCCUCUUAUCCGAUUCAACCAAUAGGGCAUUGGAGGCUCCGCAAUUAACCGAACACAGUUCAGGUUUCCAUUACGACGCCCUCACUCGACAUGGGGUUUCAGGGACUUCAACACCCGCCAGACAAGCUCGUUAA